AGGUUGGGCCGCCUCUGAAGUAUUUUGCAACGCAGAAAAGUUUGUCGCUUGGGAGAGGUAGUAUGGGUACAUCUGUUUAUGUCGGCAUAUUGGAAGACGGUAGUGAAGUAGCUGUUAAGAAGAUGUUGAUAGAAACAUGCGAAGAUGCAGCUGAAAACGAGAAAGAGAUUUUGAGCCUGAUCGAAGCGAAAAAAUCGCCAUACAUUGUGAGCUAUCGACUUCUUCUAAAGGACAGCAUAUUCUUUUACCUUAUUGCUGAUCUCUGUGAAAACACAUUGAACGAUCAUGUCAGUUCUCAGAGUAUUGAGAAUCUAAAAGAAGAUGGACCUAGGAUGGUCAAAGAAAUUUUAACUGGUCUAACAUUCCUUCAUGAUCAAAGAAUUUUGCAUCGAGAUCUUAAACCAUCAAAUAUCCUAGUUGAUGUCGAAUGCCACAUGAGAUUGGCAGAUUUUGGAAUAAGUCGUGUUUUAAAUGAAGAUGAAACCACACUUUAUACUGAUGCGAAGGGUACCCAAGGCUGGAUGUCCACAGAAGUUCUCGAGGCAAUAGAUCGGGCGUGUAAAUGUCGUUACAAAAAGAAAUCUGAUGUUCAAGUGACAGGUAUGAUCACUUUCUUCAUACUAACGAAAGGUGAACAUCCUUUUGGUGCUUCACAUCAACGUAUGACGAAUAUUAAGGAAGGAAAUCCGAUGAAUUUGGAACAUCUUGUCGAUCUUUGUGCUCGAAAAUUUGUCUUGUCGUUAAUCAGCCAUGAUAUCAAAGAUAGGCCCUAUGCUCACGAGGCAUUGAGGCAUUCGUUUAUGGACAAAAUAAAACUUCGUGAUGCAAUUUCUAUGCCAAGAAUAAUAUCUUGGGAUAGCUGGUUGAAAUUGAAAGAAUGUUCGUGAAUUUACAGACCAACACUUGCACUUAGAGAAUAUAAUACUUAAUUGAUAUAAUAUCGAAACAAUAUGCUGUAACCGGAUUUUAGGGUUUGUAAUCCAAGUGAGAAUAUAUACAUUUUAAGACCUAACCAGGAACGACUGCGAAAAAUGCAGCAAGGUUCUCUGGUAGGAAUUGAACCUACGGCCCUGCUAUUCCGGUGCAGCACUCUAACCAAAUGAGUUACAGAGGUCAGCUGUUGAGCUGUAAGCGUA